CCUGCGAUGUAUGAAUCAGUCAUAUAUGUAUGAACUGUUCAAGGGGCAGUUGCUGGGGAGGCUGAAGAAAGAAAGUCUGCCAAAAUGUCUGAAAGAUCAGAUCUCCUUCACUUCAAGUUUGAAAAUUAUGGAGAUUCAAUGUUACAAAAAAUGAACAAAUUAAGAGAAGAGAAUAAAUUUUGUGAUGUUACAGUUCUCAUAGAUGAUAUUGAGGUACAGGGGCAUAAAAUUGUGUUUGCUGCAGGUUCCCCCUUCUUAAGAGACCAAUUUUUACUGAACGAUUCCAGAGAGGUGAAAAUCUCCAUAUUACAGAGUUCCGAAGUGGGGAGACAAUUGCUCUUAUCCUGUUACAGUGGUGUGCUGGAAUUCCCUGAGAUGGAACUGGUAAAUUACUUGACGGCUGCGAGUUUUCUUCAGAUGAGCCACAUUGUAGAACGGUGCACACAGGCCUUGUGGAAGUUUAUAAAGCCAAAACAACCAAUGGAUAGUAAAGAGGGAUGUGAACCGCAGAGUGCUUCUCCCCAGUCAAAAGAACAUCAGGGAGAUGCCAGAGGCUCCCCAAAGCAGGACUCACCUUGUAUCCAUCCAUCUGAAGACAGUAUGGAUAUGGAGGACAGUGAUAUUCAGAUUGUUAAGGUAGAAUCUAUUGGGGAUGUAUCAGAGGUUAGAAGUAAAAAAGAUCAGAACCAGUUUAUUUCUUCUGAACCCACUGCUUUACAUUCAUCAGAGCCCCAGCACUCCCUGAUAAAUUCAACUGUGGAAAACAGAGUAAGUGAAAUAGAACAAAACCACCUCCACAAUUAUGCCCUGUCUUACACAGGCAGUGAUAACAUCAUCAUGGCCUCAAAAGAUGUCUUUGGGCCUAAUAUUCGAGGUGUAGACAAAGGCCUACAGUGGCAUCACCAAUGCCCAAAGUGUACCAGGGUGUUUCGUCACCUGGAGAACUACGCCAACCAUUUAAAAAUGCACAAACUCUUUAUGUGUCUACUCUGCGGCAAGACUUUUACUCAGAAAGGCAAUCUUCAUCGACACAUGCGUGUGCAUGCCGGCAUUAAACCUUUCCAGUGUAAAAUCUGUGGGAAAACCUUUUCUCAGAAGUGUUCCUUACAGGAUCAUCUUAACCUUCACAGUGGAGAUAAGCCCCAUAAGUGUAACUAUUGUGACAUGGUUUUUGCACAUAAGCCAGUUUUGAGGAAACACCUUAAACAGCUGCAUGGCAAAAACAGCUUUGAUAAUGCCAAUGAAAGAAAUGUGCAAGACCUCACAGUGGACUUUGAUUCUUUUGCAUGUACAACAGUCACAGACUCUAAAGGGUGUCAGCCACAGCCUGAUGCGACACAGGUCCUGGAUGCAGGUAAACUGGCCCAAGCUGUCCUGAACUUAAGGAAUGAUAGUACUUGUGUGAAUUGAGUAGGGCCUUUAUGCUUCUAACUAGAACUGACUGCAAACAUGGCAAUAGUCUGAGUCUUUUUAGGAGUGAUUUUGCAAAUUUGACUUCUCCAAAGCCUCUGUGCUCUGGAAGUCAUAGGGGUGAGUCAAAGCACUAAUAGACCAGGCAACUUGCCACUUGGAGUGGUCUUGCCUUCCUUUUGCCCCUUCCCAUGUUCUGUUUUGAAUUAUUUAUCCUGUGAUGUCUGUUUCCUUUCCCAAGGAGUAUUCCACCUGUCUACCUAACAUUGACUUAUGUCUUAGACUGACACUGUUUUAGACUUUUCACUGGGCACAUUCUGAAGGUACCAACAAGUUAAUAAUAUCACCUCCAAUCCACUAAUAGAUGCUAUGCUAAGAGAAGCGAAUAAUAUUUUUCAUUAGCAGAAAAUAAGCUGAGAUAUAAGGAGAUAUUGCUGUUGGCCUGAAUAUGUGAUAGAAUUUGUAGUUGCCUUGCCUACUGAUAAUUCAUCUGUGUCUGAUAAAUGAAUGAAUCUGCUUCCUACAAUUUGUACUUGUCUUGGAGCUGGCUAUAAAGUAUUUUAGAUUAUUCUGUACUCUUUUCAACAGUAUAUAGCCCAACUUCACAUCAUUGAAGUUCACAUAGACCAGAGUACAAUAUUUUUAGCAACACCUGCAGACAGAUAGUUAGGAAUCAGCAUGGGGAGCAUAACCAACAAAGGAUAGUAGUACAGUUGUACAACAGUACUUAUUUGGGAGGUCUUCCCCAAAAAGAAGCCAAAUGUUUAUAAUUAACCUCUAACUUACUUGGUGAUGCUUUUGAAGUCAGGAUUGCUCCAGGCACAUUUAAAGUGUGCUAACGCGUAAUGGUCUCUCUAAAAAGGGGCUAUCUGGAGUCAUUCUCUAGGCUUUGUUUUAGAAGUUAGCCAUCAGUAAGGUGAGUUUGGCCUUCAGAGCUUUGUCCAGUGUAUUGUAAUAGUCUCUGAAUUCUCAUUUCCUUGUGUACCUUAACUUCUAAAAUGGAUGAAAAAAGUGAGUCACAGGAGCAAUCAGGUUUUUGCAUUUAGAUAUUCUUAUAAAGGUACAUAGUCCCACCUUGUCACCUCUGAUAGAUCACUAAUACAAAGUUGAUUUUCCAUUAUGGAAAAACAAAACAACUGUUCUUCCUAAAGCACAUGUUAUAGUUAAGAAAUAAAAUUUUGAGUCUUAUUAGCUUCUGACCCAUGAGUUAGAUUUAGGUAAUAGGAGUGUUUGAGUCCAUAGAGAAUCUUAAGAGAUCAUUUAGUCCACCUCUCUUUUUUUAAGUUGGGAUAUCCAAAGCCCAAAGAGGUGGCCUGGCCAAGGUUAGCCAAAGUAGAUAAGUAACUAAAUAUGAGCUACGGUCUCCUCACUUCUCACUGUCCCUUGGCUUAAAAAGAUUUAGUACAUGAUCAAGAAUACCUUAAUAAAAAGUUCCUAGUUUGUGCUUCCCCUCUGUGAAUCACUGUUUGCUUUCUGAGACAUCCUGGAUUUUGCAAAUAAAACAUCACAGAAGGAUUUAUUUUUGUAAGUUAAUUAUUUUUUCGUUAGGAUGAAUAUUACAUUUUUCCUGAGCAAGUGACUGAUUUGCUAGGUGUUGAUUAGGAAGGGCAAGAACAAGUAAGAAUAAUGUGAGAAGGAUCCAAAUGUGAAACUGAUUUUGUCUUGAAACAGUGUUUAUUUAGUUUCCAUCAGGAUUUUCUGUUUUUGUUUCUGAGCUAUGAGAGUCCAUGUACAGAUAAACCAAAAAUUAGUUUUAACUUGAGUAAUCAGAGGGAGUUCUUAAAGUUGUUAUAAUUUGAUGCAUUUAUAUGUGAAUCUGAUUUGAAGUAUAAUUUCUACCUUUUGUUAAAAGAUUUUAAAUGAGAAUAAAAUUGAGUGAUAAGACUAACAGGUAUCUAUGCCUAAUGUCACUCAUUAUAUGGUCUAAUGAUGCUGCCUAGCAUUCUGGUUUUUUUAUGAUCCAGCCAAAGAGUACCAAUUCUAUGCAACAGUGAGACACUAACAUGUUAACGGAUGUUUCACUAUUUUCUCUGAACAUCAUUUUAUCACAGGGAAAUUUCAAGUUGGAGUGCUUCCUCUGCUUACAUUCAUGUCCUGUUUUUGUUACUGGUUUGAAGACUAAAAGGCAUGGGUUCAAAUAAGAUUGGUCUCUUUGGUUGGAGACUAUUCCUGGAUUCAUUCAGACAUUCAAGAGACAUUUAUUGAACACCUACUAUUGCCAGGCACUAUGCUAGAUACUGAGGAUAUGAAGGUAAGAUUGCUAUGGUCCCUGCCCUCACAGAGCUUACAAUCCCAUGUAGUCUUAGUGAGAUAAGGUGUCAAUUUGGUUUUAUCCUAGGAAGAAUAAAGAAAACUGCCUUGCUUUCUUUGAUCACUUUAAAUUAGCAUCUUGAUGGUUUUGUAUCACUAAAUCUUCUAGUUCUCACCUUUUUCAACUGCAAACUACUGCCAUGGUUUACGGUGUCUUCCAUUUCUUGGCUGGAGAGGUGUUCUGUUUCUGUGAGACAUUUUCUUAAUUUUGGUGGUACUUGACUUUUCUCUUUCUUUGUUUAUACAUGUUUCUUAGAUUGUAUUGCAAAGUGGUCAAGUUACUGAUAUCAAAUAUGUUUUACAGGGGAAGAUGACUUUCAAAACUAGUCGUAUUCUUGUAGAGGAGGAAGAUUUUUUAAAACCUUAGACAUUCAGCAUUUGUAUUUUAUGGAUCCCCAGGAUAACUAAAAAGGAGAGAGGGCUCUCUUUACCAUAGUUUGGUUUUUAAAAAAUUACUGUGUCACAGUUAUUUAUUUAUUAUUUAAUUUUAAAGGCAAACUCCAAACUGAAGUGGCUCUGAGGUAAAUCAGAUGUGGUUUUAAUUUGUUUUAGUUUCCUUAUUAGAAGGUCUAUAAAUGGAGGGUGACCAUUGUCACUACUUCUAAGAUAUUAUCCUAAACAAACAACCCAGAACAUUUUAUUUCAGCUGGUGAAUAGCUGUUCUAAAUCUGUUGUAUGUUAGACAUACUGUGAACUACCUCUUCACUUAUUAUGGGGAAGUUUCCUUAAUAAAAGUUUGACAAUUAAA